GCCUCCUCGCGCGGUAAUGGGAGGCUCCUAGGCAGGAGAAGCAAAAGGAGGAAUUGUUUGCGAGUUCAGUCAUCCAAAAAAGCUUCUUCCAUAUGGAGGGACCGGGUGCGCUGGGCGCGGCGUCCCCUGCCUCGUUCCCCUGCUGCCGCGGCCGCCGCUUCCUGCAGCGGGGACCCUGAGCCCCGGCCCGCCGGUGUCAGCCGCCGCGCGCGCACACACACACUCACACACGCACCUAGAGACACACGCACACACACGGCGCGCACACGCACGCGCCCUCCCUCUCCGGUCGGCGACUUCUCCGGCCGGGGCUCCUUUGUUGCUCCCGCCGCGGCCGCUCGCCCGUGUUGUGUGUCUGCGGUGUCACCGCGCGUGUUGUGUGUCCGUGCGGCGCGGCGCUGUGUGGCUCUCUCCGCGCCCACCACGCUGGCCCCCGGGCCCCGGCUCGCCCUCUCCAGGCGCCGGCUGCACCAGAGUUUCAGAACAAGCUUCCUGGAACCCAUGACCCAUGAAGUCUUGUCAACAUUCAUACUGUCUGAGGGUAGCAGCUCAAAAGUAGAAGAAGUAGCAGAGUGUUGCCGGGGAAGGCAGUAUCUCUUUGUGUGACCCUGGCGGCUUAUGGGACAUUGGCUUCAGACCUUCUGUGAUACACUGUGCUGCGUGGGACGAUGACGUGGAGAGGAAAGAGGCCCGAGGUGACACUGGCUUGCCUCCUCUUAGCCACAGCAGGGUGCCUUGCUGACCUGAAUGAUGUCCCUCAGGUCACUGUCCAGCCUUCAUCCACUGUCCAAAAGCCCGGAGGCACUGUGAUCCUGGGCUGCGUGGUGGAACCCCCAAGGAUGAAUGUAACCUGGCGCCUGAAUGGGAAGGAGCUGAGUGGCUCAGAUGAUGCUCUGGGUGUCCUCAUCACCCAUGGGACCCUCGUCAUCACUGCCCUUAACAACCACACUGUGGGACGGUACCAGUGUGUGGCCUGGAUGCCUGCGGGAGCUGUGGCCAGCGUACCAGCCACUGUGACACUAGCCAAUCUCCAGGACUUCAAGUUAGAUGUGCAGCACGUGAUUGAAGUGGAUGAGGGAAACACAGCAGUCAUUGCCUGCCACCUGCCUGAGAGCCACCCCAAAGCCCAGGUCCGGUACAGCGUCAAACAAGAGUGGCUGGAGGCCUCCAGAGAUAACUACCUGAUCAUGCCCUCGGGGAACCUCCAGAUUGUGAAUGCCAGCCAGGAGGAUGAGGGCAUGUACAAGUGUGCGGCCUACAACCCAGUGACCCAGGAAGUGAAAACCUCCGGCUCCAGCGACAGGCUGCGUGUGCGCCGCUCCACUGCUGAGGCUGCCCGCAUCAUCUACCCACCGGAGGCCCAAACCAUCAUUGUCACCAAAGGCCAGAGUCUCAUUCUUGAGUGUGUAGCCAGUGGAAUCCCACCCCCACGAGUCACCUGGGCCAAGGAUGGGUCCAGUGUCACUGGCUACAACAAGACACGCUUCCUGCUGAGCAACCUCCUCAUCGACACCACCAGCGAGGAGGACUCGGGCACCUACCGCUGCAUGGCGGACAAUGGGGUGGGGCAGCCUGGGGCAGCGGUCAUCCUCUAUAAUGUCCAGGUGUUCGAACCCCCUGAGGUCACCAUGGAGCUGUCCCAGCUGGUCAUCCCCUGGGGCCAGAGUGCCAAGCUCACCUGCGAGGUGCGCGGGAACCCCCCGCCCUCUGUGCUGUGGCUGAGAAAUGCCGCGCCCGUGAUCUCCAGCCAGCGCCUCCGGCUCUCCCGCAGGGCCCUGCGCGUGCUCAGCAUGGGGCCGGAGGAUGAAGGCGUCUACCAGUGCAUGGCCGAGAACGAAGUCGGGAGCGCCCACGCUGUGGUCCAGCUGCGGACUUCCAGGCCAAGCACAACCCCAAGGCUAUGGCAGGAUGCUGAGCCGGCCACUGGCACGCCUCCUGCACCACCCUCCAAUCCCGGCAGCCCUGAGCAGAUGCUGAGAGGGCAACCGGCGCUCCCCAGACCCUCGACGGCAGUACAGCCUGCUUCCCCGCAGUGUCCAGGAGAGAAGGGGCAGGGGGCUCCCGCCGAGGCCCCCAUCAUCCUCAGCUCGCCCCGCACCUCCAAGACCGACUCAUAUGAACUGGUGUGGCGGCCUCGGCAUGAGGGCGGUGGCCGGGCACCGAUCCUCUACUAUGUGGUGAAACACCGCAAGCAGGUCACAAACUCCUCUGAUGAUUGGACCAUCUCUGGCAUUCCAGCCAACCAGCACCACCUGACCCUCAGCAAACUUGACCCCGGGAGCUUGUAUGAAGUGGAGAUGGCAGCUUACAACUGUGCAGGCAAGGGCCAGACAGCCAUGGUCACCUUCCGAACUGGACGGCGGCCCAAACCUGAGAUCGUGGCCAGCAAGGAGCAGCAGAUCCAGAGAGACGACCCUGGAGCCAGCCCCCAGAGCAGCAGCCAGUCGGAUCAUGGCCGCCUCUCCCCCCCGGAAGCUCCCGACAGGCCCACCAUCUCCAUGGCCUCUGAGACCUCCGUGUAUGUGACCUGGAUCCCCCGUGGCAAUGGUGGGUUCCCAAUCCAGUCCUUCCGUGUGGAGUACAAGAAGCUCAAGAAAGUGGGAGACUGGAUUCUGGCCACCAGCGCGAUCGCCCCCUCGCGGCUCUCCGUGGAGAUCACAGGCCUAGAGAAAGGCACCUCCUACAAGUUCCGAGUCCGGGCUCUGAACAUGCUGGGGGAGAGCGAGCCUAGCGCCCCCUCUCGGCCCUACGUGGUGUCGGGCUACAGCGGCCGCGUGUACGAGAGGCCGGUGGCGGGUCCUUACAUCACCUUCACGGACGCCGUCAAUGAGACCACCAUCAUGCUCAAGUGGAUGUACAUCCCAGCAAGUAACAACAACACCCCGAUCCAUGGCUUUUAUAUCUAUUACCGACCCACAGACAGUGACAACGAUAGUGACUACAAGAAGGAUAUGGUGGAAGGGGACAGGUACUGGCACUCUAUCAGCCACCUGCAGCCAGAGACCUCCUAUGACAUUAAGAUGCAAUGCUUCAAUGAAGGAGGGGAGAGCGAGUUCAGCAACGUGAUGAUCUGUGAGACCAAAGCUCGGAAGUCUUCUGGCCAGCCUGGUCGACUGCCACCUCCAACUCUGCCCCCCCCACAGCCACCCCCUCCUGAAACCAUAGAGCGACCUGUGGGCACUGGGGCCAUGGUGGCUCGCUCCAGCGACCUGCCCUAUCUGAUUGUUGGGGUUGUCCUGGGCUCCAUCGUUCUCAUCAUCGUCACCUUCAUCCCCUUCUGCUUGUGGAGGGCCUGGUCCAAGCAAAAACAUACAACAGACCUGGGUUUUCCUCGAAGUGCCCUUCCACCCUCUGCCUGCCCAUAUACUAUGGUGCCAUUGGGAGGACUCCCAGGCCACCAGGCCAGCGGAGAGCCCUACCUCAGUGGCAUCAGUGGACGGGCCUGUGCCAACGGGAUCCACAUGAACAGGGCCUGCCCCAUGGCUGCAGUGGGCCACCUGGGCAUGAAGCCACAGCAGCACUGCCCAGGCGAGCUGCAGCAGCAGAAUGACACAGGCAGCCUGCUGAGGCAGAACCUUCUUGGCAAUGGAUACGACCCCCAAAAUCACCAGAUCACCAGGGGUCCAGAGUCUAGCCCGGAUGAGGGCUUUUUCUUAUACACGCUGCCUGACGACUCCACUCACCAGCUGCUGCAGCCCCACCACGACUGCUGCCAACGCCAGGAGCCACCUGCUGCUGUGGGCCAGUCAGGGGUGAGGAGAGCCCCCGAGAAUCCUGGCCUGGAAGCAGCGUGGGACCCUCCAUUUCACUCAGGGCCCCCAUGCUGCUUGGGCCUUGUACCAGUUGAAGAGGUGGACAGUCCUGACUCCUGCCAAGUGGGUGGAGGAGACUGGUGUCCCCAGCACCCCACGGGGGCCUGCGUCGGACAGGAACCUGGGAUGCGGCUCUCGCCGGGACCACCGGUGCACGUGUCUUUCGAAACACCACCUCCCACAAUUUAGGCAGAAGCUGAUAUCCCAGAAAGACUAUAUAUUGUUUUUUCUUUCUUAAAAAAAACAGAGAAAAUUGGUAUUUAUUUUUCUAUUAUAGCCAUAUUUAUAUAUUUAUGCACUUGUAAAUAAAUGUGUAUGUUUUAUAAUUCUGGAGCGACAUAAGGAAUCCUAUCCGUUGAGGUUGGAGAGGGAAAAUAAAGAAGCUGUCACCUAAGAGAAAUCACCCAGAAAAGCACCGCACAGGCUGGCGUGGGCCCGACUCCUCACCUGGGGCCUCUGCAGUGGCAGAGGAGGCUGCGGGAGGCCCACAGAUAAGCUGACGAGAGGAAGGAUCCCAGGCACGUGGUUCAUCAGGACCACAAGGGAAAAGCAAGGGUCACGGUAUCACAGCCCGGAGACACCCACACAGCUGGCUGGAUCCGGUGCUACUGGAAACAUUUUCCUAAGAUGGCUAUAAGAACAGACCAAGAUGUGUACAGCACUAUGAGCAUUAAAAAUCCUUCCAGAAUCAAUAACCCGUGGCAGCAUAUCUCUGUAAAAACAAACCCUGUAACUUCUAAAUAAAUGUUUAGUCUUCCCUGUAACCUUC